AUGUCAGUCCUCCUGGCUGGGAGGGAUACUACUGCAGCUACAUUGUCGUGGGCUAUGUAUGAGAUGGCAUAUGUCCCCGAGACUUGGGCGAAGCUGCGCGAGGAGAUCCUCAACGAAUUAGGUCCCCACGGCAUGCCGACGUAUGAAACACUAAAGAACAUACAGUACCUGAAGAAUGUCCUCAACGAGGUGCUUCGGCUUCACCCAGCUGUACCGAUCAACAUGCGUCAAGCUUUAGAGGACACUGUGAUCCCAGGUGCUCCUGGCCAACCCGACGUCGCCCUCCUGAAGGGAGAUACGGUCACAAUCAACACAAUCGGCAUGCAUGCCCGAAAAGACUUGUAUCCUCCCAUUUCCAAACAUUUUGCUGAUCCGGCCAUUUUCAGUCCAGAACGUUGGGAGCAUUGGAUCCCGACCCCGUGGACCUAUACGCCGUUUAGUGGCGGACCUAGGAUAUGUGUGGGUCAGAACUUUGCUUUGACUGAAAUGGCCUUUUGCUUGGUUCGCUUAGCCCAAACAUAUGAGAGGCUCGAGUAUCGAGGAGACUGGCAUGCACAGCGCUUACGGGCUGACAUUAUCGGGACGCCCGCACUUGAAGUGCCCAUAGCGCUGUUCGAGCCAUAA